AUGGACAUUGUGGGGCCAUUACAACCGUGUAGCGGAUUCAGCUACUGCCUGACAAUUAUUGACCGUUUUUCUAGGUGGCCUGAGGCGAUCCCUCUGUCCGAAAUUACAGCCAAGAGCGUAGCCAAGGCUUUUUACAAUAAUUGGAUCGCUCGAUUCGGCGCACCUAGAGUCCUUACGACAGACCAGGGCGUUCAGUUCAAAGCCCAGCUCUUCGCAGCUCUGCUCCAGCUGAUCGGGUGCAAACGCAUCCGCACAACGGCAUACCACCCUGCCUCUAAUGGCAUGGUUGAACGCUGGCACCGCACCUUCAAGGCAGCGAUUAUGUGCCAUAACGCACCAAAUUGGUUGGACGUCCUUCCGACGGUCCUUCUAGGUCUGCGUACGCAUGUACGUCUUGAUACGAAGGCUUCUCCGGCCGAGUUUCUGUACGGCACGGUACUGCGAAUCCCGGGGGAAUUUUUCCUCCAAGAGGACUUCACCCCGGAUCCUCAGAUAUUCGUUGACGACUUCCGACAGCACAUGCGCCAAGUGAAGCCGGUACCGGUCGUGCACCACCACAAAAGGCGCGCAUUUAGGUUCAAGGAACUGUCGGCCUGCACGCACGUUUUCCUUCGUAAGGAUUGCGUGAAGAAGCCCUUAGAGCGACCAUAUACCGGUCCCUAUAGAGUGCUCGAGCGUGUCACCGACCAAGUUUACUCUAUCGAGGUCAAUGGCAGACCCAUGUCUGUUUCCGUCGAGCGUCUCAAACCCGCGCAUUUCGUUCCGGACGACGUUCCGAUUUCCGACGUUCCGCCCACGACCGACCAAACGACCAAGCCGUCCACAGCGUCAAGCCUUCCGCAAGGCUCGCUUAAAACCUAUGCGGGACCCAGAAAACGCGUUAGAAUAGUGCAAUAG